AUGGAAGGCCAACAAGGAGGGUCGCAGUACUAUGACUUCAACACUAGCAGUAGCAGUGCAGGAGGCAGUGGGUACGUUGGCCCGGCUCCUCCGCCGACAGCACAAGAUGACGAUGAGUUCGCUGACUGCAUAGAUCAUCAGUACAACCAGCGGUAUGGACCGGCACCGAAUCCAGUGAGUGUAUUCUUUGAGGAUGUUCAUGCGCAGCGACAAGCGGAGCGGAAGCUACAGUGCAAUGUACCUGGUCGUGGACGGGGAACGCCACUCUGGAUGAUCAAACAAAAACAAGAAGAGGAUAAGCAUAGGAGAGAGGCUCAGGAGGCUAGUCGCCAGAUGAAAGAGCUGGAACAGAAGCUCAUGGGUGGCUCUGCUAGCGACGAUAAGACAGGCCGUCACAGAGAAGGGGGACUGGCCUCGGAGAGCACGGAAGGCAAUAUCGAGGCGCAACGAGAACAGCAGAGUCGGUGGUUGCUGGACCAAGAGGGUGGGUGCCGCACGAGUCAGACUCGUCGGGUAACUGGUUUUAUCACGGAGUGA